ACUUUAUGUCUUCGUGGGCUCUUUCUCGUGUGGGUCCUGCUGAGAAGUGCAUUUCCAGGCCGACACACACACACACACACACCCCCCCACACACACACACAGACAUACACACGCUGUUUUAGGCCAGCGAAGUGAGCCGCUGUAACGUAGCGCUAGCUAUUUGUCUCGUGGUGCUGCAGUUAUUUUGACAUGACUGGAACAAUGUGGCCAGUCAGCCCGGCCCUAGUGUCACUGUGCAGAGGCCAUUUCACUGCAGCUCCUGCCACACAAUAAUUAUAGCAAUUCACCGUGUGUGAAUAUUAAAGGACGUUUUCGUGGCGUUUUUUUUUCCUCCCUUUUUCCGUCUACGUUGCGUCCUCUCAUGUGCACAGGGGAACACAAUCUGUGGGACGGCGGAACUCCGCUCAAAAAUUGUGGCAAUUGAAUAUGGCCGUGUUGUGUUGGCACACGAGCAAAGUAAAGUGACAGGACUCGAGACGUAUCGUGGACAUUCAGCUGCCUUUGUUUCAUAAAUUACGCCCACACGCGAGCCCACGCGAACUUUUACCGCUGCACUUCUGCUCCGCACAUUGUCCGAACAUUUCAACUUUAAGGUUGCCUUGUGUGUCAAGUGUUGCAUCAUGUGUAACUCGCGUGCCGAAUGCCUCGCAAGACCCGGAGUGGUCGGUGGCGGGUCUAAAGUCCGACUCCCGGAGGUGUUUAUCUGAGCCCGAGCGAGGCCACUUCUGAAAAUCCCGGUUUCUUGAAUGGAGUUUGGCGUGAAAGUGUUCGUCCGGGCAGCUGCGAGGGAUAACGGGACGUCGCCGGGGCUCCUGUCGUCACCCAGCUCCCGGUCUGACCGUGCCAUGGCGCUGCCUAAUCACCCACUCCCCUCUCUUCUCAUUCUCCUCUCUUGACAGUUUUGUUUCGAAGGGGAAAAGUUUUUCCAGCGUGGGGAGAGAUUGUUUUUAAAAACCCGACUUCAACUCCACCGGCUCGAGGGGCACACGUUCGGCGACCCUGGCUGCGACAACACUCGGGCCCGCCUCCCCUCUGCUGCUGCACAAAGUGACGGUUGAUAUGCCACAUCAGUGAUGGAGCCCAUGACGGUAACAACGUCGAUGGUCGGGCCGGACGAGUUCGACCGCAACGCCCCGCGGAUCUGUGGCGUGUGCGGCGACAAGGCCACCGGCUUCCACUUCAAUGCCAUGACCUGCGAGGGCUGCAAGGGGUUCUUCAGGCGCAGCAUGAAGCGCAAGGCCUCCUUCACUUGUCCAUUCAACGGAAGCUGCACCAUCACCAAGGACAACCGGCGCCACUGCCAGGCCUGUCGACUCAAGCGCUGUGUCGACAUCGGCAUGAUGAAAGAGUUCAUCCUGACAGAUGAGGAGGUUCAGAGGAAGAAAGAAAUGAUAUUGAAGAGGAAGGAGGAUGAGGCGGCCCGGGAGGCGAUGAGGCCGCGGCUGAACGAGGAGCAAGCUCGGAUGAUUUCCUCUCUGGUGGAAGCCCACCACAAGACCUAUGAUGACUCCUAUUCUGACUUCUCCCGCUUCAGGCCUCCAGUGCGUGAAGGCCCAGUAACACGCAGUGCCAGCAGAGCGGCGUCCCUUCACUCUCUGUCCGAUGCCUCCUCUGACUCAUUCAACCACUCCCCCGAGUCCGUGGACACCAAGAUGAACUUCAGCAACUUGUUAAUGAUGUACCAGGAUGGCGCCAGCAGUCCAGACUCCAGCGAGGAGGAUACUAAGCUCUCCAUGCUCCCCCAUCUGGCCGACCUGGUCUCCUACAGCAUCCAGAAGGUCAUUGGUUUUGCCAAGAUGAUUCCAGGCUUCAGAGAUCUGACAGCCGAGGACCAGAUCGCUCUGUUGAAGUCAAGUGCCAUUGAGAUCAUCAUGCUGCGGUCUAACCAGUCGUUCAAUCUGGAAGACAUGUCCUGGAGCUGCGGAGGACCCGACUUCAAAUACUGCGUCAAUGAUGUCACAAAGGCGGGCCACACUCUGGAGCUCUUAGAGCCGCUGGUGAAGUUCCAGGUCGGCUUGAAGAAACUCAACAUGCACGAAGAGGAACACGUGCUGCUCAUGGCCAUCUGCCUGCUCUCCCCAGAUCGCCCAGGUGUCCAGGACCAUGCCCGCGUCGAGCAGCUCCAAGACCGUCUGUCGGAGGCGCUGCAGGCCUACAUCCGCAUCAACCACUCGGGCGGACGCCUCCUCUACGCCAAGAUGAUCCAGAAACUGGCCGACCUGCGCAGCCUGAACGAGGAGCACUCCAAGCAGUACCGCUCGCUCUCCUUCCAGCCUGAGCACAGCAUGCAGCUAACCCCGCUGGUGCUGGAGGUGUUCGGCAGUGAGGUGUCAUAGCAGAGAAAGAGGCCCGCACCUACACCUGUACUCCCUCAUAACACACAGGAUGAUUAACCAACCCUUUCCACCAUUUCCCCCAAGAAAACCUGGCAUUGAUACAUCUCUGGACAUGUGGGAGAAAAGACGGAUAAUCAGACAGAUGGUAACAUUCACCUCUUCAUCUUUGGCCCAUUCUUCUCCUCUUCCUCCUGACCUCUAGGAGCGACACUCAAACGCCUGGACCUCUGGAUUUUUAGAUUUAUGACACCUGAUGAGGCUGUGGAUCUCUCCAGACAGGCUUUGAAAACACAGUACAGCCUCACAUUUCAUCGCGUCAUGUGGCUGUUGUGAUAUCUGGAACAGAUUUGACAUCCAGAUCCUCUCAACAUCCACAAACUCCAGAUUUGCCUUCUCUCAUCACCACCUUUCUCCGGACAUCACUUCUAGAUCUCCGCCACGUUUUUACAGUGGAGACAGCUUGAUGGAUGUGACUGUCACGUCCUUUUAUUUUACCAUCAUCUUUAUAACAUCACUUCAGGUUCACAUCAACAGCUCCAUCAGCUACCCACGCUGGCACUUGUGCGGGACAGAUACAUUUCUAGCAGAGUGACUACACUUGUGUUACUUAGUUAUAAACCAUCAUUGAUCUACAGUUUGUUGACAGCCAAUACAUCCAAAUAUAUUCAACAUCAACAUGAUGAGCGAUGGGCGAUCUUAAAAUAAUGUAAUUAGGGAUGCACUGAUCUGACUUUGCCACUCCUGGUACAGAUAUUGAUACCCGGGCCUUGGUUAGUGGCUGAUAACGAGUAUCAAUCAAAUAUCAGGGUUAAAUUAAUAAGUGAUCAAUCAAAUUAUUAGCUGAAGAAAUUGUUAGUGUAGGAAGCAUUAAAUACCUCCAAACUGACCCUUUGAUUUUGCCUCCCUCAAUGCUAUGUUCUACUGGCGUGCUGCUGAUGCAAAACGAAUUAAACAGAAUAUAUUACUCCCAUAUAUUGGCUCUAUUGUCACCAAUUCCCGAUCUAGUUGGUCAAUAUCAGUGCAUCCCUUGGCGUAAUGGAUAUACUUUGUUCGCUGUUUGAAAAUAACUUUGUGAGGAUGAAAGUCCAGCAGGUGUCUUCUCCUGCCCGGCCCCGUGUCUGUGUGUAGGAGACAUCUCAGGGGGUGGAAGGAAGUCUUAAGUCGGAGGGUUUGGGUGAGAUUUCGAGGAUUGAGUGAAGGAGAUUGGAGAAAUGGAGGAUGGUGAUGCGACAGUUGAAAUUUCCUGCUCACCAGACUAAAGGGAAAUUAUCAAAAACAGAAUGUAUGUAUAAUGCUAUAUAAAUAUAAAUGAUCAUAUAAGCUUAUAUAUAUAUAUCUAUAUAAAUAUAUAUAUAGAUAUAUAUAUAUAUGAGAGCAAAACAAGUUUGCUUUCAUGAAGCUAAUUGUUCUGACUGUUGUAUAAUUAGAGGAUUUGAAGGCCCCUCCUCAGUUGUGUGUCUGUGUUCUCUGUGGAAAGACAGAUUUACACACACACACAAGAAAGCACUGAGAAGUGUGUGAGGAAUCCUUCUAUUUUUGUGAUGCGUGUACAGUGUAUGAGAAUAUUGAUGGACCACGAGGGGGUGUGUACAGGCUCUGACUGGGGGUUCAGUGCAGGGAAGCACUUUUCUGUUGGAUUUUGCUCGUUAUUGGACCUGUGAAGUUGGUCGACCGACACAACGUCACGUUUCAUGGAUAGUGAUUAUCCCAAAAAAUAAGAAUCUAAAUAAAUCUUUGUCCGGCUGGUUAGAUUGCUGCUACGACAGUUAGAGCUAGAUAGUUACAACUAUCGGCUGUUGCCUCAGGGAAAAGUUUGUCUGAUGAUAUUGUGUAUGUGGUGUUUAGGCGUGUGUGUGGCGUAAGCUUACAAUCAUGAGACGGAGAUUGUUUUUGAAGCUCUAGGAUUCACUGUGAUUUCUAAUCAUACUAAAAAACAGCAUAAGUAAGCUAAAAGUUAAACUUUUUAAAACGAUUACCCUAAGAUUUUCAUUCACUAGCUUAUGUUCAUAAAAACUAUAGCUCCUUAUGAAAUGAUUUACAUUAUCAUACAAUGCAUUAUAGAUCUUAAAAAGUACAUAUCCAUUUAAUGGCUACAUUUAAAUAAUAGUCAUCAGUGUUAAAACAUUGCUUGAUUAAUAUGAACCUCGUGUGUAGUUUGGUUCUUUUCUUUCUUCAGGGCUAAUUCAAUAUUCUACAGAUGGUAGCAAUAUAGAGUAGGAGAACAAUGUUUAGUCAAGUGUUUUUGAAUGAAAAUCCUUCAGAUGGCCAUAAUAGCAGGACAGAAAUGUAAAGACAUGAGAAAGAUGCUUUUUGUAUUCACUAUAAAAACCAAGCCUCAUACCGUUUUGUCACAACCUAUCAUUUCAACACCAGCCGCAUAAGCAAGGGUUUUAGGAUGUUACUUUUCAACAUCACUACAUAUCAUAUCACCUUUUCUGUUGACACGGUGCAUGCUCUCCCCUCAUGCAGGCCUGGAUCGCCCCCUUGUGGACAAACCUUGUAAAUACCACUUGCUAAGUCUGUACAUAGUUAGAGAUUAAUGUAGGCAAAAAACUAAGAGAAUUCAAUUGUUUGAUGGAAAGAUGCUCUGGAGAUACAGCACUAUAUGCAAUUAGGAGAAGGACUCUUAGGUUGUAUUUAAUUGGACCUGCAGAGGUGGCAAUCCUGGUGACGUGGCUAAGUUGUUUCAAGGAGCACUGAAGAAAACAGGAAUUAGGUUUGACCCUUUCACAGCAAAGUCACACAUUCAAAUAAGAUCAAUGUCCUUUCCAAAAAGAUGCAGAUUUUAGUCAAACUCUUUGGUUUGAUGCUAAAAUGAACAUUAGUGCAAUGCUCGGACUCAGAAACCUAAAGAGUUCUACCUGCAAAGGCCCCAUGUGACCGAACAUUCCCAGCGGUGGUUGUGUUGUCCAUUCCAACUGGCUGAGUCUCAUGCAUGCUCCACACACACACAAACACACACAACAUUAGUGUGUUCAAUCAUAACGCUCCGGAACCUGACAACUCAGUCCGUCACCACAGGAAGUGUGCCCUCUCUGCCCGUUCCAAGAUUAUGGAUGUAUGUUCUAUUCUCUCUCUCUUCUAAAGUCAAUCGAUAAGCUUUUGACAAUUAUACAGUAUAUCCAUAAUGUUUUUAUUUUGGUGAAAAUCUCUUCUUUUUUUUCCUUCCUCUGUUUUCUUCUGUUCAAGAUUGUCGAUCAAUGUGUUUCAGAGUUUGCUUUCUAGCUUGUGCUUGGCUCGCUGCACUGGGACGUCAUUUAAAUGAAGCAGGAUUGAGCAAAGUGGACUCCUGGAGACUUUUCCAAGUGCAAAUGAACAAGCUCCCCUUGUUCCCCUGAUUUCAGCUGAGUGAAAACAUAAUAGCCAUUUUCAAAGUAACGACGUGGCUUUAACUUCAUGCACAGACAGGGAAGGGACACUGGCAAACGUUCUCUUUCCUUUUUCCUACUGGAAUAACUUGUCAGUGCGGCCAUGGUUCACCUGGAUCCGUCACCUGAGGGGAAGGAACACGGCCGAGCUGAGUCUCUGUUAGCGGAAAAGCGGUCCCAAGCUCUGUAUUUAAAAUGAGUAAAGAAAAAAGCUACAUCUGCUUUUCCAGAAACACGGUGUCAAACACAAUCGAGUGAUUGUGAACUAACACUGCCUCAACUGACUGACACAGGAUCUAGCCAAUGGACAUUAUCGCAGCAGCAUGGGUGUGCCUCUUCAUUCAUCACCCAACCAUCUAACCGCCUCUUCUUCUGCAAUAGCCAAUUACAGCAGGAUUACUCUUCAUAGCUUUAACUUGACAGCCAUUCAGGCUCUGCUUUUUCUGGGAAACCGUGGCGCACCAAGGGCUGAUGGGAGUUUGUCGAGAAAGCUGCUUUGGGAAUCUGACGUUUUUUGGAGACAUGCAUGAAAUGGCUGCUUCUGUCCCUCCCAGAAAAAAAAUGCGAGUGGACAUCCAGAAGAACUGUGUAUUAAAAGUAUUUUCGCCACAUGCAGACGUAGUGACGCGGUGUACAGGCAGAGGGCGCAGCGACUGACGUCGCCUCCUAAAACCCCAAGUAUGACAUUACUUUUCUCACUACUUUGUGUGUUUCUCUCGCAUUGCAGCUCUUGAAAUUUUUACAAAAUAGUUGUUGAAUGACAUAAAAAAAAAGUGGACUUUUUACAUAUAACAUCAACACCUACAUCAUCUGUUUGAAAAAGGAAUGCAGGAGGGGGUGAUGGCGGGGAGAGUCUGCUCUGUUGCAAGGGUUCCGAGAGUGAAACCUCACGAUCUAACUUUGCUAUGCUGCUUGUGAACAUGUUGCUGAUUCUCCUCUGUGGGUCAUUUCUUACAUUUCUGUCAUAUUAAGCUUGUUCAUGGAGAACGCUGCGCCUGCAUGACAUGUCUGGCUUUAGCGUUUGACACUAAAUGUUAACACGAGGACAGUAGACGAUGUGAGGUGAUGUUAAAAUGGACCUAAGCAAUGUGGACGUCUCUCCUCCCCCACACCCUCUCUCACCCGUCCUCCCCUCAACCCAGGUCAGCAGCUCCACCUCAGUAGCCUUACUAACGGAAACCUCACUCAGCUGGAAACAUUGAACAGAUACCUCAGUGAUUUACAGAAUGACUUUUUACCAUAGCUUUUAAGGGAACCAAACAUAAACUCACACACACAAACACAGACACACUACAACUCUCUCCUCAGUCUUUGCGGUGUUGACGUCUCUCUCUCAAACACACAUACAGUAAACAAGUUGCCAGUUGUUUUAUGAUGUAGAAGAUUGUCCAGCAGAAUCCUAUAGCCAGUAGACCAGUCAGUUCAUAAGUUGGAUCCCAAUGUUUCUAAAUGUUAACGAUCACUCUCCAGUUUAUCUGCUUUACUCACGUGAUCCUCGUCUCUGCCUCAUUCUGUACUUUCAGUCUUUGUCGUCUCUACAAACGGGCGACGUGCCGCUAAGCUCUGCGUAUAACCAAACAUACUACCUCUCCCUCCUGCACAUACAUACAAGCAUAUGUUUUAUUUUUUUGUCGAAGCGUGACUUUCUUUUUUUUAUUCUUCUGAGGCAUCCGUUUGAAUUUUAACACUAAUUUAGACAGUUAUAUUUGUGUAUAUGUACAGUUUAUUCCUUUUAUACAUAUUUUCUCUUUUCAAAUGCUGGAUCAUUUUUACCUCGGAUCUCACUACAAGCCUACAAAUCUUAAAGUCAGUUCAUCAGAGGCCUCUUGGGCAUCACCAUCCAACUGGAGUGGCAUAAAUACAUUUGAGAGUCUCUGCAUGGCUGUGUUCACAUAGCAGCUAAAAGGGCCCAGAUUCUUAAUUCAUGUGACACAAUUCAACCUCAAUAAAAACAAGGUGAUGCAUCCUUCAAUAGAGAAGUUAACUAGUCAUCAGUAUAUACUCCUAUACUGUAAUAGUAUAAUCCAUCAAUUUGUUUAAUACACUUGAGUUUGUAGUGAGACAAUGACGUGAAGAAGUCAGAGAGAAGAGCAGCUAAGGUUAAAUAUUUAAUUACGGGUUGGGUUGAGGAAGUCUUUGCCAAAUCAAGAUCACGCUGGGACCGAGAUGAAAGCUGUUAUGUGAACGCAGCAUGAAACCUCAGUGAAUGUGACAACGUGUGUCCAGACCAACGAUGCACUGAAAGACCUGUGGAGGAAACGGGAGGCAGGCGGUCCUGCCUCAGCCAAGCAGAGCCUUCAAAAUACUUCUACUAUACUAACAUGUUAUGUCGCAGUCAAAUGCCACCUGAUUGGCAGAGGACUCGUUUGUUGUUGGUCUGAUGGGACUCCGCAGAGCCGCCUUUUUUUUAUCUCUGGGUGUUUUUGUUAAGACCUAAAGCGAUGUCUCACAGUUCGACACCCUCCAUCAGGAGAGUCUGAAGGCUCAGCUUGAUGGAAAAUGUAGUCAUCGAUAUGUACUGAUUUAAACUAAAUAAAGGGAGUGGUAGUUAAACUUUGAUAAUUGCUCUGUCCUAACAUCUGAAAAGUAAAAAGUACCGAGCCUGAUGUCCUUCAGUCAGUCUCGUCUCACAGGCUUCCUGUGCGUUUCUCUGUAGCUCUCUCCUUUUAAAGGUCCGAAAGGCUUUGUGACAUUGGGAUCCUGUUUUAGAUGUUCUUGAUACAAAUAGUGUGUAAUGUAGUGUUGUUCAGCUCAGCAACCAGAUAACAGUCACACACCCACUCGCCCCCCCGUUUCUCAGCACUCUGCCUUCUUCUUAACCUCUCACUCGGCUUCCACAUCACCAGGCCUUCAACACAUAUGCUGUGAAUGACACACGGAGCCUUCAGCGAUCACUCUUUUUAUAAUGAUGAGAUCACCUCUCAGCUCACAGCAUGACGACGUCACGGCUCCUCUAAGGUUCAUUUAACACGAUCGGCUGCUGUUGACGGACAGAUAUGCAAAUAUCACAGAGUUCAUUCAGUGCAUAGAAAUAUUUCAAAAUGUAAUGAUAAAUGUUUUUUUGGAAUCAAGGUAGUCAUUGUCAAGAUAUGGCACGUCGUGAAAAAAUAUGUAAUAAUACGAUGUGACACCCAAUCUGCCAAUAUAGAAGAAAGAUUAUUUGUUGUUUAAUGUUGAUAAUGAAAUCAGCUGUAUCUAGAAAAAUGACAGACCGAAUGAAUAACAGAAAAUUGACUCUUAGAUGGUUUGACAGAUUUUGGAGUGAUAGUGGCCUUAGUUAAAGUGCCCAUGUUAUGUCUUUUCUUUGUUUUUUAUAAAGUUAAAGACAACCCCUUGGUAGUUACUUUGCAACUACGUCACCAUGUGACAUGUACAACUUGUUUGCGAUGGUGGUUCAAGUGUAUCACCCGAUCGCCACUGUUGCUGUAGCAACAGAGCUGAUUAGGAAGCAUCUGUGUAAGAGACGGAACAUUAAGCAGUUGACCAAUCACCAAAGAGUUGGUCCGCUGAGCUGUUUCAGACAGGGCUACAGCAGCCGAGGGUCUGGAACUAUUGACGUGUAUUUGGAAUACUACAGCAUUUAUAGAUGAUCUAGGAGACCCCAAAUACAAAUGAUUAACCUGAAUCUGUAAAUGACACAAUGUGGGCACUUUAAGGGCUGUGGCUCCUGCUGAUUGGUUGAACCGGACGAGAGCAGAUGAGCAGAUACUGUCGAGGAUACGCCGUCAUCUGUCGCUCUGGUUGCAUUUCUCUGCUACCUCUUUAAAUAUGCGCUUGCUCACACACGCAUGCACUUAAACAGCUGCACUCACACAUGAACACACACUUCUGCUGACUGACUGAAAAGGUCGGACAGUGAACACAGCAAACACUCGCUGAUCAACCCACACACGGCUCACACUUGUGUGCACUUCUUUCUCCCUCACCAGCAGUUAUUGCCAAUGAUGCACUUGUGUAUUUGUCUCUAAAUGCUCUGCAAAGCGUGUGAUGUCAAAAAAUAAUGAUCUGUCGUCAUCUUUUUUUUAACUCUGAUCUCUAUAGUAAGACCUGGACUAGCCAGGUGGUUAGAAAUGAAUUGAACAUUAAUUAGUUCAGUACAUACAGAAAGUUUCAUGUCUUAAAAAAAGAAAAAAAAGAAAAAACAUAAAUGCACAUAUUGCUCAGCUCAGUUGUACCUUGGUGUGCCUAGAACCCACAGCCUUAUUUUGGGACAAUAUCAGGGGUUUUAAAGCAGAAUACAGGACGAUCCGCCCUCGUAUUACUGGUGACAUUUUCAUUGAGUUUUAGUAGCUGUUUUUUCCUCUCUUCAUAUCCACACAUUUGUUAAUUUCUUAAAUUGUUGUAUCAGUUGUAGGAGUCGGCAUUAGCGUGCUCGUGGGAGGGGUUGUCAUUCUCUGCUGGUUGUUCUUUUAUUUAUUCCCAUUGAUUGUUUCCCUCUUUUUCCCCAGAAAUAUAUAAACCCCAUCUGGUUUCUAAAAAUAUACUCGUUUUGAUUGCAUCGUGCUGAUGCAACAGUUUAAAAUGAAAGAUUUUGAUUAAUUAUAGAACAUCCAGCAGCAGACUGUGUCCUCCCACAGCACGGCUUACUCAUCGUUAGGAGAACAAAAUUAGAAAUGCUUCAAAUCCGAGUUUAUCUCAGUAGAGUCCCAAGAUAAGAUACCUUUACCCUCACCCAUGCACACCACAUUGCAGUAAAACCCACCAGACCUCAGUGCUUCUAGCAGAAACUUGUCUUUUAAACAUAUACAGUUGCCAUGGCAUCGCUGUUGGUGGCAUCAUCAAUAGCCCCAUACCAUAAUAAAUAGUGUUAUACAUACAGUACCUUAACAGAUAUCUCUCUUUGUGGUUCAAAAUCACCGCCUGUUCUUUGUGUUGCUCUUUUUUUCUUUUUUUUGCUCUUCUCUUUGAAGCUGAUCCAUUGUACUUUGAUUACAUGCAUUGUAUGUAGUAAAAUACUGAUGAUGUUUUGGGGAAAUCACAAAUAAAACAGCUGUACAUAAUGAUGCAAAACGC